AUGUACCCUCCUGCAUCUCAUCAAGCUCCAGUAGCCCGUUAUCCUCCCACGACAUGGAAGUCAGACGGAACUGAAGUGUCUCGAGCAGAAGAGAGCAAGAGGGCUGGACGUGUCGUUGGACCCGCAUAUGGCGAGUCUGUCAAGCGACAUCUAGAGAAUUUUGAUCUCGAAGCCUCUUUACUCGAGAUUACAAAUAGCAGCAGUCAGCUGUUAGACUUCACCCGCCAUUAUCAACAGCGUGCGCAUCAGACACAGAGGAGCGGGCCUGUGCCUGGAUCCAUGCCAAACGUGGCAGAGGUUGAUGAACUCCUUGACCACUCCGCACGCAUUGAAGAAUCAUUACGCCGAAUACGCGAUGUUGUCGUCACCCAUCAAGUAGCUAUGGCCGAGCAGGCGCAGGACCCCCGCUGCAGGCCUGGAUCGUACGAGUCGGGUGAUCCCAAUUCCUUCAAUGACGACUCAAAGGGAGCCGGAGGUUUUGCAGGACCUGACUCAAAAAAGAGGCGGGGUCGAGCUGCACCGCCUGGUCGGUGUCACAGCUGCAACCGUGCGGAAACGCCAGAGUGGCGCCGUGGCCCUGACGGCGCACGCACUCUCUGCAAUGCGUGCGGUCUUCACUAUGCCAAGCUUACCCGGAAGAUGAAUGGCGAGAGGAAGUCUUUAGGCGGGUCCAAUCUCCGCCCCAAGUCGAUUGGCCCGGACGGUUCCGGGGCAUAG